UUCUAUUCAAUAGUCGAGAUCGCGCACGCCUCCGCUCCUUAUGGGAUAAGAAAUAAAAGAUUAAAGGAAGUACACAGUGAGGCCCCGAAAAGUUCGUGUUCAAUAAGGAAUAGGUAGUUUUCAAGAUGAGUUACUCAGCGGAGAAUGUGGUGCAGACCAGCACCUGGGCAGCGACGAGUUUCUUCUACGUGUUGCUGGUACCAGCGUUGGUACUAUGGUACGCCUAUUGGAGGAUGUCCAGAAGACGCAUGUACGAGCUGGCUGACAAAUUAGAUGGACCUCCAGGUCUGCCACUCAUCGGCAACGCUUUGGAGUUCACUGGGGGAUCAGCUGACAUAUUCAAGAACCUUGUGGCGAAAAGCGCUCCUUAUGACAAGGAAGGUGUUGUGAAGAUCUGGAUUGGACCCAGGCUGCUGGUGUUCCUUUACGACCCUCGUGACGUGGAGUUGAUCCUCAGCAGUCAUGUCUACAUUGACAAGGCUGACGAAUACAGAUUCUUCAAGCCAUGGCUUGGAAAUGGACUCCUUAUCAGCACUGGUCAAAAAUGGCGCUCUCACCGCAAACUGAUUGCCCCAACCUUCCACUUGAAUGUCCUGAAGAGCUUCAUCGACCUGUUCAACGCCAACUCCAGAGCUGUGGUCGACAAACUCAAGAAAGAGAGCGGUGCCUUCGACUGCCAUGACUACAUGAGCGAGUGCACAGUCGAAAUCCUACUUGAAACUGCCAUGGGCGUUAGCAAGAGCACUCAAGAUCAGAGCGGGUUUGAGUACGCGAUGGCCGUGAUGAAGAUGUGCGACAUCCUUCACUUGAGACACACCAAGAUCUGGCUGAGGCCGGAAUUCUUGUUCAACUUCACGCAGUACGCCAAAAGCCAAACAAAACUCCUUGACGUCAUUCAUGGAUUGACCAAGAAGGUUAUAAAGAGGAAGAAGGAAGAAUUCCAAGCUGGAAAGAAACCUUCAGUCUUAACAGAAACUGUUGAACCUACAACCACUGAAAUUCCUACAGCCAAGACCACGUCUGUAGAAGGUCUAUCCUUUGGACAAUCUGCUGGUCUCAAGGAUGACUUGGACGUCGAAGACAACGACGUAGGACAGAAGAAGCGUCUUGCUUUCCUUGACUUGCUGUUGGAGAGUUCGCAGAGCGGUGUCGUCAUUACUGAUGAAGAAAUUAAGGAGCAAGUCGACACUAUUAUGUUUGAGGGUCACGACACCACUGCCGCUGGCAGUAGUUUCUUCCUAUCUAUGAUGGGAAUCCACCAACACAUUCAAGACAAAGUGAUCGAAGAGCUCGAUCAAAUCUUCGGAGACUCAGACCGUCCAGCUACCUUCCAAGACACACUAGAAAUGAAAUAUUUGGAAAGAUGUUUGAUGGAAACUCUGAGGAUGUACCCUCCAGUGCCGAUCAUAGCUCGUCACCUCAAGCAGGAUAUCACGCUACCGUCAUGUGGAAAGCAAGUACCAGCUGGAACUACUGUGAUUAUCGCCACAUACAAGCUGCACCGCCGGCCUGACGUAUACAGCAACCCAACGAAGUUCAACCCAGACAACUUCCUGCCAGAACAAUCAGCUAAUCGCCACUACUAUGCCUUCGUACCGUUCUCCGCUGGACCCAGGAGUUGUGUAGGUCGUAAAUACGCCAUGUUGAAGUUGAAGAUCAUCCUUUCCACCAUCCUAAGAAACUUCAGAGUCCACUCCGACCUGAAAGAGUCAGACUUCAAUCUCCAAGCUGACAUCAUCCUGAAGAGAGCAGAAGGUUUCAAAGUCCGUCUAGAACCCAGGAAACGGGCACCAAAGGUCGUUUCAUAGGCACCAUUACGUUCCCAAAACCCUAUUUCUAUAAGUUACUACACUU